AUGAAGUUCCUCUCUCUCCUCCUUGCCGCCCCGGCUCUUGUCUUUGCCAGAGACCUGAGCACCGAAGUCGUCAAGGGUACCUCUACCCACUAUGGCGGUAACCUGAACGGAGGCACCUGCUCCUUCGUGUCUUACUCGCUUCCCGCCGGCAUCUACGGAACCGCCUUUUCCGGCUCCAACUGGAACUUGGCUGCCAACUGUGGUGCCUGUAUCGAGGUUACCGGUCCUAACGGCAAGAAGAUCAAGACUAUGAUUGUUGACAAGUGCCCCGAGUGCGACAAGGGCCACCUGGAUCUCUUCCAGAACACCUUUGAUGCUGUUGGCGGAUCCAACGGUCUUGUUUCCACCUCUUACAAGUGGGUGACUUGCGACAUCACCACUCCUCUUGUUCUCCGCAACAAGGAGGGCACCAGCCAGUGGUGGUUCAGCAUGCAGGUCCGCAACAGCAACGUUCCCGUCAAGAGCCUCGAGGUCAGCACCGACGGCGGCAAGUCGUGGAAGGGCACCACCCGCCGUGACUACAACUUCUUUGAGAACCCCAGCGGCUUCGGAACCCAGACCGUCGAUGUCCGUGUUACUGGCUCUACCGGCGCCACCAUCAUUGUCAAGAACGUCAGCGUCGAGCCCAUGAAGGAGACCAAGGCCGGCUCUAACUUCCCUUAA